AUGAGGACCGUGGAGAUCGUUUCGACCCCAGAGGAUUACUCACUUCCGAAUGACCAAGCAACUCUUUCGGCGUGUCUUAAAUACUUAAGAUUAAAGACGUACGAUUAUAAUGUCCGGUACUCAAGAAAUGCUUACUUCGCAUCUCCAGAUGGUCUUCUCCCCGUAUCAAAUAUUAAUGGAAAUUUGGUUUCUGGUUAUAUGUCAAUGGUUUUUAAUCUAAAAGCAUUUAGAGAUGAGCCGAAAGUUGAAACCGACGCUGAUGUGCUGGAACGAAAGAACACACAUCACAUAUUUUUCUUCUGGGUUGCUGAUCUUUUGAGAAAUCUGACACUCUACCUUACUUGGAUUGAGUCUAACGGAGAACGUUGCACAAGAAAUCACUUCGCUUCACUUUAUCCUUGGCCCUUAAAUAUCUACUAUUUUAAACGUCAGCAAAAAUCAAUUAUUAAAUAUUUGAAGUCGUCUACUGGCUGGUCUUCUGAAGACACUGGUGAAGUUCUUAACCGCUUUGAUGCUGCUUGCAAAAAUAUUUCCAGUUUGCUCACCGAAGGACAUUAUAUAUUCAAUCGAACUAAGGCCGGCAAAGUUGACUGCCUUGUCGCCGCCUACUUCCGAACAUUUUCAGCUUAUUCUAAGUACUUUUCCUGUCUCACACCUAUUAUCACCAAAUAUCCCUCUAUUACAAACCUAGCUGCUAUUAUGGUUAUGCCUCACGAAUAUUCCGCAACAGUUUAUGAGGAAAAGCCCAUUUCUAGGACCAGGGUAAGUGUUGCUGCCUGGUCUCCGACAAUGGACAUUAUUGCUAUCGGUUCUCCCACAGGAAUAGUUUCACUUCACAAGUACAAGAUGGGGGUGAAUUGGGAGGUGACUUCUCAGGAUUCUGGUGCCGUGAGCCACAUUGCCUGGAGGCCGGACGGUAAUGUCCUAGCCGUCGCUUAUGAGUCUGGACGUGUGGAACAACUGAACCAUUCGGAUGGUUCUAUCAUCUAUACCAUGGAGUUUGGAAGUAAAUCAAUUGAACAGCUCUCAUGGGUAUCUUGUGAACACGAGGUUUCCGAAAAGGAAUCAUUCUUUCCACCGUUCAGUUCUCUUUCAGUAUUCUCUGAUGAGAUAUUCUCAAGUCGUAAUGAGGUCAACCGGUUGUCACAACCAUGGAUUAAUGGCGACUCAAAGCCUUCUAUUCUCAUGAUCCAAUUUGCUGACCAAUCUAUUCGUCUAUUUGGUUGUGGUUUAUAUGAACUGCUGUCAUUCCGCUUGGAUAGUUUCUACAAAAUCUAUGGAUGUUCAAUGGCUCAUGACUUCUCCUCAUUUUCGUUUUUUUCUCUCAGCCAAGAAGGUGCUCUACAACUAAAUCGAGGACCUUCCCCUGCUUUAGCUGAACACUGUCUUCCAUUGCAAAGGAUUUCCUACCAUGUUGCUAAUUUACUUCGUUGUAAAAAUAUUUUGAUUUGGUGCUUAAAGCAACUUCAAGGCUUCUGGGAAUCUACUCUUGUGGAAUUGGACUCCAAACUCACAACUUAUUCUCGAAUGCGACUUGAGAAUUCUCCUGACUGGUCAUUGCGCAAUGAACUCAUGGAGGUCAUUCUUUUUGGACAUGUUUCGAUUGAUUUGAAGGAGUACUUUAAGCGUCAUUGGUCUCCAUCUGCAAUUAGAAGAACUGGAAUUGCCAUGUUCAAGGCCUAUGACGCCAUGGAGGCUGUUGCGUUUCAACAAUUGCAGUUUAUUUUAAUGCAACUCAUAUGCGAGGCCAGUGAAUUGCUGGGGUGUAUUCGUGACCAUCACAACUUUGAAUGCUUUGGACUCAAAGAGGAGGUAGUUGUCGAACUCAUUCAAGUUGUCGGAACUAGUCUUCAGAAGACCCACGAAUUGCAUACGAUAGUAAAGUACUGCAGCCAAUACCUACGGCCUUUCUUCCACUGGCUUUAUGAGGUCGCCGACUCAUCAAUUAAAGAUAUGCUGAGGAGAGUCGAUGUUAACAUAUCACAAGCUGAGCUGUCUCUAGUGAUAACAUUUGUCACAGAGCGUUUUACGCCAUGCUUCAUCAACGGACAAUUGAAAAGCUACCAAAUAGAACUCGUGGAGCAAUACAUUAGAAGAGGCGGUAUAACAAAGCCCCUUGACCUUGUCAUGGGAUUCAAAGCCUCUGAAGAGUAUUUUAAGCGAAGCAAACUGAAGACCCUUAUCCCACUUCACGAUAGUUUGGACAAAAGAUUCUUCCCAGAUGGCAUCUUUGCUACCUCCAAUUCCUCCUUGGCCGAUCUUAUUGAAGUUCAACUGUCGGAAUGCAUUAAUAAAGUGGCUACCUUUGGAGAGGUGGUGUCACCCGUUGGCCUAUUUCAAGAGCCCGACCCACCUCUUCCCUUAAUUGACCACGUAUCAGAUAUAUCUAAAUAUCAUCUAUGCUCAACUUCCCACCAUGUUAAGCCAACCCUUACUAACAAAUCAAUGCAAUCACUAGGCAGACAGACUUGUGUUGGAACAGUCGAUCGUUUUGCCUUUGUUCGACCUCGCAAUGAUCUCAAUACUGGAGAGACAAUUUUUAUAUAUUCUGUUGAUCCUUCAGGUGCGAGAAAGGGUUUCAGCAUAGACGUAGACAGUUUCGCUACAGAUGACAAUCCGCUGAAGAAAACUUACAAUAUUGUGGACAUGAAGUUCUUUGAAAGUAGUACCCUCGCAGUUGUGCUCACCCGUGAGGACGAUAUCUCCUCGAAUGCGACUCUUCAGUGGAUUAUUUUCGUUCCCCUCGAUGAAUGCAUUACUUCUGCGUCGUCUCUACCGCCAAAUUCCCUUCUACCAACUUCUCAUACACUUUCAGACCAUCUUGCAGGUUCUAUGUCCUGUGAUAUAACUCGGGUAUUCGCGAGUACUGUUCGAGCCCUGUCUACUGGGCCUAUUCCCCGUAAACUUCCCUCUACUUCUGAUUUAACCGAGAAAACACAAGCCGGUACGAAAUUCACAUCUUCAGAUAGCUUUACUAGUCGAGCUCGAAGUUUGUUUACAGAGCUGGUGACUGUUAGGGGACAUCUCAACCAUGCGGGGGAACUGAUCAGCGCCCUAGCCACUAGUGACGCCAAACGACAGAGAAUGUACCAUGAAGUUGCCAAGGAAAUUAAUGGGGCAUUAGACCAGUGUGAGGAACUGCUGCGACAGUUGCAGAGGCGAUGUAGAGGCGUGAAACAGAGUGAGGAGAAAGGGCAAGGAAACGAGCAUCGGAAGGCGGUUUGUCGAUCACUAGAGGAAUUCCUAAAAACCCUUCGGCGAACGAGAGAUGAUCAGGUGUCAACAUACUGUCGUCGAGUUGAAUUAGCAAGUCGUCUUGGCGACGCGCCAAUUCCUCCUUUCACUUCUCAACAGGAAAUUUCCUCCGUCGGUGAUGGUGUUCGAAAACGCGUUGGAGGAGGCGAUGUCAGUUCUCUAUUUGGAUACUCUUCCUCUCAGAAUACCGAAGCUUUAAACACCGAUUCAUUGCCUGAAGCGGAGUUUAAACAACUUGAAAUGGAGAAUGCUGAAGUUUACUUACGACUUAUUUCUGAAAGAAAUGAGGUGCAACGCUUGGGUAGCCAGAUCUCGGAGAUUGGUCGCUUGCAAUCAAUGGUUACUGAAAGCCUUGUAGAACAAGCAGAAAUGGCCCAACGUAUUGGAGAACAGGUUGCUAGCUCGACGGAGUUAGUGCGCGAGGCGAACGACCACUUGCGGCAGUCAAUGGACAAAACUAGAAGUGUCCGCUUUUGGAUUGUUUUUCUAGUUCUCACUCUGACUUUCUGUUUACAUUUUCUUGAUUGAUGUGCCGCACAAGGCGCGAUGUUUCGUAUUAACCAAUCAUCUUUUCCUCGAGGCAUGUUGAAGUAUUUACAUUGUCUCAAACAUACACAACUCUUGUGGAUAAUUGCAAACCGUUCUACCCGGAAUGUUAGUAAAGUAGUAAUUACUGGAAUCCAGCCGACAGGAUUGCCACAUUUGGGAAACUAUUACGGAAUGAUAAAACCUUGCGUUAAAAUUCAGAGUGACGAGAACACGGGUGUCUUUUUUCUUCUGAUUGCUGAUCUUCACGCUCUUACUAAGCACACUCCUGAUAAUAGUUUGGCUCAAUCUACUUUGCAAUUAGCGACUACUCUGGUGGCUUGCGGCAUUAAUCCCAUUGUGAGUCCAAAUGAGAAGGACUGUAAAGGAAGGACUAUCCUCUUUCCUCAAUCAAACGUUGUCGGUCAUUGUGAACUUUCUUGGAUGCUCUCCUCUAGGUGCACCGUUAACAGACUGGCUCAUUUGCCACAAUGGCGUGAGAAGUCUGAGUCUGCUGGUGAAUCAGGAGCCUCAGUGGGUCUUUUCACUUAUCCCCUUCUUCAAUCUGCGGACGUGCUUCUCUAUUCGGCAGAUGUCGUCCCCGUUGGCGCUGAUCAAGUCACUCAUCUUGAACUUGUUCGUGACCUUGCUCGCGUCUUUUUGACCCACUGGCCUUCUCUUAACUGUUGUUUAAAGGUCCCUAACCUCCAGUUAACCGAAAUUCCUAAGAUCCAUAAUCUGCGUGAGCCCACUAUGAAGAUGAGCAAAUCCUUUGGUCCUGAAAUUGGCACGAUAUGGUUAACGGACUCUCCUGAUGAAAUUCGGCUAAAAGUUUCUCGAGCUAAGACCGAUUCUAAUCGAGAACUUUCCUAUGAUCCUAUUUCGCGGCCUGGAAUUGCGAAUCUCAUUCAAAUUUAUGCAGCUUCAAAUGCGAGUUCUACUCUAUUUGAAUUAUACCGUACUUAUUAUUUGCUAGUGGAAUUGAAAAGUCGUGUUACUGAUGCGAUUGUGAAGGAAUUAUCACCAAUUCAGGCCCGCAUGAAACAGCUGGAGACUUCAAAGUCUAUACUAGAUGCCCUGUGCGCUGGAUCUGCAUUGGCCAAUCGGGUCGCUUCAUCUAAUUUGCGAAAAAUCAAAGAUAUCAUUGGCCUACUUUCUUUCUAA